CCCCUCUCCCUCCCGUUCAGCCAGCCGGUCGCCACCGGAUGCCUCGCCGGCCUCCCGGCCCAUUAUUAAAGCGACACCACCCCUGCCGAGCUCGGCCAGUGCUGCUAGUACGCCGCCGCGCCCACCUCAGCCCCUCGCCGAAGCGUCCAGCUGUGCUUUCGCUAGUGAGUGCUGAGUGGGGCGGUGCGUUGCCAUCGCGUUGGACGGUUGGAGUAAGGAGGUUCCAGCAGCAAUGCCGGCGGCGGCGCGGAGUGUGAAGGAGCUGGCGGCGGCCGGGGUUGUCCUGGCAAUGCUGCUCUCGGCGGCGGCGGCGCAGCACGACUACGGCGACGCCCUGCACAAGUGCAUCCUCUUCUUCGAGGGCCAGCGCUCCGGGAGGCUCCCGCCGGACCAGCGCGUCCGCUGGCGCCGCGACUCCGGGCUCCACGACGGCGCCGCCGCCGGGGUGGACCUGACCGGAGGGUACUACGACGCCGGCGACAACGUCAAGUUCGGGUUCCCGAUGGCGUUCACGGCGACGCUCAUGUCGUGGGGGCUCAUCGACUUCGGGCGCAGCUUCGGGCCUAACAGGGAGGAGGCCCGGAAGGCGGUGCGGUGGGCGACGGACUACCUGAUGAAGGCGACGGCGAGGCCCAACACGGUGUACGUGCAGGUGGGCGACGCCUUCCGCGACCACGCGUGCUGGGAGCGGCCCGAGGACAUGGACACCCCGCGCACCGUCUACAAGGUGGACCCCUCCCACCCGGGCUCCGACGUCGCCGCCGAGACCGCCGCCGCGCUCGCCGCCGCCUCCAUCGUCUUCCGCGACUCCGACCCCGGCUACUCCAAGCGCCUCCUCGACCGCGCCGUCGCCGUGUUCGAGUUCGCGGACAAGCACCGGGGCCCCUACAGCAGCAGCCUCCACGCGGCGGUGUGCCCCUGCUACUGCGACUACUCCGGGUACCAGGACGAGCUGCUGUGGGGCGCGGCGUGGCUGCACAAGGCGUCGCGCCGCCGCGAGUACCGCGAGUACAUCAAGCGCAACGAGGUGGUGCUCGGCGCCAGCGACGCCAUCAACGAGUUCGGCUGGGACAACAAGCACGCCGGCAUCAACGUCCUCAUCUCAAAGGAGGUUCUGAUGGGGAAGGACGAGUACUUCCAGUCGUUCCGCGUCAACGCCGACAACUUCAUGUGCACCCUCCUCCCUGGCAUCUCCAAUCACCCCCAGAUCCAGUACUCUCCAGGCGGGCUGCUGUUCAAGGUGGGGAGCAGCAACAUGCAGCACGUGACGCAGCUGUCGUUCCUGCUGCUGGCCUACUCCAACUACCUGAGCCACGCCGGCGGGCGGGUCUCGUGCGGCUCGUCGUCGGCGUCGCCGGCGCAGCUCCGGCACGUGGCGAAGCGGCAGGUGGACUACAUCCUGGGCGACAACCCGCUGCGGAUGUCCUACAUGGUCGGGUACGGCGCCCGGUUCCCGCGGCGGAUCCACCACCGCGCCAGCUCGCUGCCGUCGGUGGCGGCGCACCCGGCGCGGAUCGGCUGCAAGGCCGGCGCCGCCUACUACGCCAGCCCGGCGCCCAACCCGAACCUGCUCGUCGGCGCCGUCGUCGGCGGGCCCAGCGACGCCUCUGACGCCUUCCCGGACGCGCGCGCCGUGUUCCAGCAGUCGGAGCCCACCACGUACAUCAACGCGCCGCUCAUGGGCCUCCUCGCCUACUUCUCGGCCCACCCCAACCCGGCCGACUCCGGCGGCGACUGAAAACAUUGGGCUCAGGAUGGAGUGGUGACGACGAACGUAUGGGCCUGUGUAUUUUAGGUGGGCUUUGGUUCGUCUUGCUCGGGCCCGGCUGGGAUUUGCCUGGUGAAUUUGGCCAGCGUAUUGGUGUUUGAGUGUGUAUCCGUACGUGUACGCUACAUCGUUGUAACUAGAUAACUAGAGCCACCUCCUUUCCUGCUAAAAUAGAUCAGGGAAGAGGAAUUGGUAGGCUGCAAGAUUGUAUUAGUAGUACUAGGUUAUACUAGUAAGAUUAAGUCUGCUACUGCUUGCCACUUUUGUGCAUUUGACGGGUUUGUCUGAGCA